UUUCUAAACCUGAAAAUGUUAUUAUUGGCAAGACUUAAAGGAUACUUUUUGUGUUUGUUUCUUAAGCCUGGCCUUACCAUUCAUGGUGUGCCUCCGGCACCAAACUUGUUAACACAGCCUCCACCACCACCACCUCCUACAACACAACCAACUGUUUCUACAAGUGUACCAUGGAUGAAUCCUCAACACACAACAGGGUCUCAAGGUAAUGCCAUGGCAACAGUUCUUCCUCCUUGGCAACCUGGAAACCCGAGCCAAUCUAUGGGAGCUGCUCCAAUGCCUGUACCACCACCGCACAGUAAUCCAGUUUCUGGAAGUCAAUCAUUUCCUUGGCUCACAACAGGUUACAUGGGGGUACCACCACCUCCUCCAGUCCAGCCACCUCUUCCUCCUAAUCUAGCAGCACCUCCACCUCCACCACCUCCAGCAUGUAAUACUGUCACUACAACCAGCCAGGCUGUCGAUUUAAACAACUUGACUCAAAGUGGUCUCCCAAGUCUUUUGACAGCCCCUCCACCACCUCCACCCAGCUAGAAAACACGUAUACGAAUCGUGAUUCCUCUUACAAUAAUAUCAAGUGUAAAAGGAAAAAAACCAUUUAUACAAAAUUUUAUUAUGUACUUCUGAGCAGAAACCAUUUUUUUCUUGUAAAAGAAGGUUUCAAAAUGAUACCAGUACAGACAUAGAACAUUUGCUAGUUAUAUCUCAUCAUUCAUCUGGGUCUAGAAGGUUCAUGUGUAUCUCAUUGUAAUUGCUACAGUAUACGUGCUUAAAUAUUGACAUUAAUUGUUUAGUGUAAUUUUUCUAAGACAAUAAAAGUGAAAAAUUGCCUCAGUUAUACCUGAAUUAUUGUUAAUUCUUACCAACACACACGUUUCUUUCUUUAAAUAAAUGUAUGGUUCUGUUCCAGAGGCACUAAUUUUAUUAUUUAACUCAUAUUAAUGGGAUAUCCAGUUAUUUUUUUCUUGCAAAUGUAAUGGAUGAAUUUUUGCUAGUAAUUAAUAAUUGUGCUUUGUAUUCUCUCGACACAAAAAUCGGUUGAUAAAUGUCUGAUAUUUUUGUGGACACAGCCGUGUUUGUCGUUUUUCUUUUUUUAGUCUGGUUGUAUUUUGAGAAGUUUUUCAUUGCACAGUGUUUGUAUGCUUUAAAACAAUUUUGUAACUUCUUCUUUCUCUUGAUAGCUUAAUGAAAUAAUUUCUCGCAAAGUAAAUUUUUUCCAUGUGGUUAUUGAAAAUGAGAAUAUUUAACACAGUUAACUUUUUAGUAUCCUAAUUUUUUCUGUAUAAUAUUUUUAGCAGUUAUACAGAUGUGAAAGUGAGGUUCUAAAUACAUUUGACACACAGGUACUGUCCUCCCAUUUUAAAGAAAUCUUUGUAUUUUAAAGUUUUUGAAAGAAAGAAAAAUGGGACAUAUUAUGCCCAAUGUUUAUCAGAUAAUAAAUACUUACAAACCUUUGUUUCUGUUAAUGCACUGUGAUUAAUUUGAUGAGAGUUGAUGCACUUUCACGAAGUUUUUCUUUUAUGUAUUACUGUACAAAAGAAAAUGGUUGUAAUUCGUGAUAGAAAACCAAAUGACACAAGAAAAGGCAAUCAUCACAUGGAACACACCAAGUUCUAUUUUCUUGGAAACUUUGUUUCUGAAGAAAAUUGAACGAUUAGUCAUUAAUUUUUCAUUUGUAACUUAUGUGAAAUAUCUUUCUGUGACCCACUGUAUAUAAAAAUAGUUACACUUUACACAAGUUUAUAGAAAUGACCAUUCAGUUGAAAUUUUUUAAAAUAUGAUUUCAAGCAUUCUAAAGGUUUCACAUACAGUUAACCUUAUGAUUGUUUUCUGUCUUGUCCAUUGAUGGGUCAAAGGUAGGUUUACAAACUUACAAUGCUAAAAUCUGGGGUUUAAUUCCCCACAGUGGACAGAUAUUUUCCAUAUGUAGGGUUGCUGUUAUUUGGUGAUAGAAAUAGACAUUGUGUGCAUCAUUGAAUUUGAUUGGACAGUUUUUGUACCAUGUGAUUUAUACCUGCACACACAAAAAUGUUAUUGUGUACAGAAUAUUAAGGAAUGUAUUUAACCAUAGCUCAAAGACUUUUCAUUAUUGAGUUAUUCAGAGAAACAUGUUUUUUUUUCCACCCAUCAUUCAGUUUUCUAGUGGAAACAUUUAGAUUGUUUGGUAGGUUCCUCAAAAAUACAGAAAAUUAAUGUAGAUGAUGAUGUUUUAACAUAACUUCUGGAGUGACAUAUCCAGCACUGGCAGAUUAACCUCACGUAAAAUAUGUUGGUGAGUAGUAAAUUACCUACAAAAAAUGAUAUCCACUGUGUUUUUGUCAUUUUAAUAGUUCCACUAAGAACUGAUUUGACUGUGUUUGUUAUAGUCAUAGAAAUGCAUUUCCAAAAAAAAGUACAUUGAAGUGGUACAUUUUAAUGUUAUAACGAGCUGUAAAAAUUAAAGUAAAAUAUUACAAGUCUCUCUUAACAUUAGUUUUUUUUUACAUAGCCAUAAACCAUUUCAACUAUAGUUUUAAAACCACGGUAAAAGUGCUUCAGGUGAUAAAUGUAAACCUGUGUCAUCAUGUGAAUAAAAAUUAUCUCGGCUUUCAACUUUUAA